AUGGCGGAUUCGGCAACUGAGAGCACCAAUGCAAGCGCUGCCACUGCUGCGGCCGCCGCCACUAACUGGGUGCAAAAGACGGAGGAUCAAGAAAUUUCCAAUUUGGUCGAUGGACUAGUUAUCGCAAACAAGGACAAAGGAAGCGGCGACAGUAAACAGGACGCAGCAAAGCCAGAAAAUGCGGAACUGGCAUCUGCGGUGAACGAUGCUGGUGCAUCGUCAGAAUCUGCUCCUUCGGCACCUACUGCGGGGACGGAAGAGAUCGAAGCUGUGAACCCGGCCGAUGCGAGUUUGCUGAUGAAAAUCAUUCGUAAGGGUUUGGUCGAAUCCAAACUAGAUCUGGAGGUACAGCGCAAAGAUCCAUCCUCUCCACUACAUUCCGUAAAAUCGUUCGAGGCUUUACAUCUGAAGCCGGAGCUUCUGCAGGGCGUGUAUGCUAUGGGCUUUAAUGCGCCAUCCAAGAUUCAGGAGACGGCCCUGCCGACACUGUUGGCCGAUCCGCCACAAAACAUGAUCGCUCAAAGCCAGUCCGGAACGGGCAAAACGGCGGCCUUUGUACUGGCAAUGUUGAGCCGCGUUGAUCCGCGCAAACCAUACCCGCAGGUCAUCUGCCUUUCUCCGACGUACGAACUUGCGAUUCAGACUGGGGAAGUCGCGGCUAAGAUGGCAAAGUUUUGCAAGGAAAUUAAGCUCCGGUUUGCGGUGCGUGGCGAGGAACUUCCGAAAGGACAGAAAAUUACCGAUCACAUCAUUAUCGGAACGCCGGGCAAACUGAUGGACUGGGGCAUUAAGUUCCGUGCGUUCGAUCUGCGCAAGAUUUCCGUGUUUGUGUUGGACGAAGCGGAUGUGAUGAUUGCUACCCAGGGCCACCAGGAUCAAUGCAUUCGGAUUCACAAGCAGUUGUCAUCGGCCUGCCAGAUGAUGUUCUUUUCGGCUACGUACGAGAAGGAGGUAAUGGACUUUGCGGAGUACAUCGUGCCGAAUCCAAUCGUUAUACGGUUGGCCCGCGAGCAGGAAUCGCUUGACAACAUAAAGCAGUACUACGUUAAGUGUAAGAACCAGGACGAAAAGUAUCAGGCCAUUUCGAACAUUUAUGGUGUGAUAACGGUUGGCCAAGCCAUCAUCUUCUGUCAUACUCGAAAAACUGCAGGCUGGUUGUCUGGCAAGAUGACUCAGGAUGGACAUUCAGUAGCAGUACUGUCCGGCGAGCUUACUGUCGAACAGCGCUUGGCCGUAUUGGACAGGUUCCGUGCAGGGCUUGAAAAAGUACUCAUCACUACGAACGUGUUGUCCAGAGGAAUCGAUGUCGAGCAGGUGACGAUUGUAGUGAACUUUGAUCUGCCGAUGGAUCAGAGUGGUCGAGCUGAUUGUGAAACCUAUCUGCACCGUAUCGGUCGCACGGGUCGUUUCGGCAAGAACGGUAUCGCCAUUAAUCUUGUCGACAGUGACCACAGCAUGGAUAUCUGCAGAACGAUUGAGGCUCACUUCCAGAAGAAAAUCCAACUGCUGGAUGCUGAGAACUCGGAUGAAAUUGAAAAGAUUGGCUCUUAGACAGGCGUA